AUGGAGCGGCUGCGGGAGAAGCUGCAGCAGCAGCAAAAAGCAGAAAGAGAAAGAGCCGAGCUGCGCCGGGAACAAGAAGCUGCUUUUGAGGAGAUUCAGAGAGAAGAAGCUUUGAGGAUGCUGCGGCAGCGGGAGGAGAAGAAGCAGCGGGAAAGCGAGGAGAAGCGGAAGCAGCAAGCAGCAGCAAAAAGGGCUGAGAAGCAGCAGCAGCGGCAGCAGCAGCAGCAGCUGCGCCAGCAGCAGCGAGCAGCAGCAGCAGCAAAACUCAAGGCUGAAGACGAAGCAGUCGCGAAGCUCCCCCCGGAUCAGCAAGCAACAGUUUGUUUAAAGCUUCCUUCGGGGCUGCGGGCGACGCGCAGCUUUGCUGCUGCUGCUGCUGUUGCUGCUGUCUACAGCUGGGCAGCAGCACUUGCGGAAUAUUUGGAGGAUCCUUCAAUUUGCAUUCCUGCGAACUUCGAUUUGGUUUUGUCUCCUUAUAAAGUCCUCCCCAGAGAGGGGACUUUGAAAGAUUUGGGGCUUUGCCCCAAUUGCGUUUUGCUGCUAAUUGAAGUGGAGUCAGAGACUGAGAGCGACGCGUCAGACAAGUAG